AUGAAUGAUUCUUGGAAUGGGCUAUGGCAACAGAAAGAUAUCGCCCUCUCUCUGCUAAAGUCUUCACACAACCUCACCACAUUGAAUCAUCUAAAGUCUCUCCAUGUAUACCUCCUCCGCACCGGCCUUCACCACAGCAGUUUCGCCGUCGGCAACUUCAUCACCCGAUGUGCUUCUCUUGGACUCAUGUCAUAUGCAGCCCAGCUGUUCGAUCAAAUGUCUGAGCCAAAUUCCUUUGUCUGGAAUACCCUCAUCAGAGGCUUCCAACAAAAUCAUUCACCCAAAUGUACCCUUUAUUAUUUCGAUCAAAUGCGGGCACACAAUGUCCAACCUGAUAAAUUCACAUACCCUUUUGUAAUUCGCGCUUGUUCGGAUUUACUGGAGUUUGCCAAAGGACUAAGUCUUCAUGGCCAGCUGUUUAAAAUUGGAGUCCAUCUUGAUAUCUUUGUGGGUACUAGUUUGAUCGAAUUUUAUACUGCUAUGGGGGAUAUGAGCAUGACUAAAAAAGUUUUUGAGGAAUUGCCGGUUAAAGAUGAAGUAACAUGGUAUGCCAUGUUAUCUAGUUAUGUCAACAAAUUUAACGACAUGGAAAAAGCUCGGGAUUUGUUCGAAAAGAUACCAUGUAAGGAUCUUGUAAUUUGGCAUACCAUAAUUCUUGGGUAUGUCAAAGUCGGGGACUUGGAGCUAGCGAAAAUGUAUUUUGAUAGAGCGCCUGUUAAGGAUUUACUCAUGUACAAUACAAUUUUAGGUUGCCUUGCCAAGAAUGGCGAAGUUGAAUGUCUCUUGAGAUUGUUCCAUGAAAUGCCUUGUAGGGAUUUGGUAUCUUGGAAUACAGUAAUUGGAGGCCUCGUACGUGAUGGGAGGGUUAAUGAAGCUAUGAGAUUCUUCCAUCAAAUGGAAAGAGUGAAUUUGUCGCCUGAUGAUGUUACCCUGGCGAGCUUGCUCUCUGCUUGUGCACAAGCUGGAGCUCUGGAUACUGGGAAAUGGUUGCACUCAUAUAUCGAUAGGAGGUAUAAUGAGNCGAUAGGAGAUAUGUAUUGCAAGUGUGGGGAUUUAGAGAGUGCUGCAUGCGUCUUCGAUAAGAUGCCCGAACGUGAUACUGUAGCUUGGAGUGCAAUGAUCAUGGGGUCCUCGAUGAACGGGCAGAGUAGAACUGCAUUGAAUUUCUUUUACCGUAUGAAAGAUGAAUCUGAAAGGCCUAAUGAUGCAACAAUUUUGGGGGUUCUUUGUGCUUGUGUGCAUGCAGGGUUGGUUGAUGAGGGAAGGAAGUGCUUUUAUGGUAUGUUUCAGGAGUUUGGUUUAACACCAAAGUUGGAGCAUUAUGGUUGUAUGGUUGAUCUCCUCGGUCGAGCUGGUUUGUUAGACGAGGCAUAUAAUUUGAUACAAUCUAUGCCAUAUGAGCCACACACGGGUGCCUGGGGCGCCUUACUAGGUGCAUGCAAGAUACAUGGAAAUGUUGAGCUUGCUGAAAAGGCCAUAGAACACUUAAUCCAACUUGACCUUGAGGAUGGGGGCUACCUAGCAAUUAUGUCCAACAUAUAUGCCAAUGCUGGAAGGUGGGAAGAUGUCUCAAAAGUCCGAAAAUUGAUGAAAGUAAAAGGCAUUGGUAAGUCGCGAGGGAUAAGCUCCAUUGAGGUUAAUGGGGUAAUACAUGAAUUUGGUGUCCAAGAAAAAAGACACCCUCAAGCCAGAGAAAUUUAUGAUAUGAUAGAUGAAAUCUACAGACGACUUAAGAGGGCUGGCCAUGUCGCGAGCACUAGUGAGGUAUUUUUUGACGUCGAAGAGGAGGAAAAGGAAAAGGCUUUGUUUUUCCAUAGUGAGAAAAUGGCUGUUGCUUUUGGACUAAUUGCAACUGAUAAAAACACUAUCAUUCGUGUGGUGAAAAAUCUUCGCAUUUGUGCGGAUUGCCAUGCAGCUAUGAAGCUGAUUUCUGCUAGUUUUGAAAGAGAAAUAGUAAUUAGGGACCGCCAUCGUUUCCACCACUUCAAGAAUGGUUUUUGCUCUUGUAGAGACUAUUGGUGA